AUGUCCAACGUCAAACCUCACGAGACGACAACUGCCGCACUCAAGGACUCGAAAGUCGAUGGCUCUGGAGUGACGUCGACUGGGACCUUCAGCGCACUGGCAGGCACUGGUGCAACCACCUCAUCGACGUCAUCGGCGACCCCGGCUACUGCUGGCACGGACGCCUCCACGAGCCCCGCAAGUGGUACCACGACACCCCAACCGGCGUGGAUGAAGCACUAUGAAACAUUCGUUCAAUCCGCGGUACCCAAUGCCAUCUCAUCCCGCUUGCCGAGCUCGGGAACGGUCGCUCAAUCGCUCGAUCAGACCCAGGCCAAGUUGCAGGAGAUCACGACCACGUCCAAAGCUUUGUUGGACAAGACGUGGUCGGUCGGCAAGACGCGUUAUUCGGAAUGGAAGUUGGCGACCGAUAGGAAGAUGAACAAGGAGCAGUUGUGAGUGGUGCACAGCAAGUGAGGGGUCAUAGGCCCGGGAGGAUGCUGAGCUGACUACAGUUCGGUCGGUGCUCAGUUUCAAGAAUGCUUGGAGUGUUACGAACGAGACUCAGGUCGUGUUGAACGUAUCGCUCAACCAGGUCGGACCGUUAAUGUACCAAGUCCUCUUGCCCGGCGAAACUUUUGAGCGUCGAGUCCGUGAGUCGGAGAACAGCCAGUGAAGUUUCGUAGGUCGUAUCCCUCAUGACCUAACCUCGCCUACUCUAUCUCAGCGAACGUCUGGUACGCCCUCUCGAUCCGACCUUGGACCUCACCCGAAACGGAAUACUCGUCGUGGUCCGUCGCAUGGCCGAUCAUCGCCAUCGCCGGUCCCGUAUCCGCCGCGGCGUCCCUGAUUGCGAUCCCCUUCGUCGCUCUCGCGGCCGGUGGAACUGCCCUGGCCUCCUUGACGGGAUUCGGUUCGAGCGUCGCGACGGGUGUGACUUCGGUUGGUACGGCCGUCACAUCGACCGCGGCCAGUGCGGCGGGCCUCGCUGCCCGUGCUGCCAGUCUACCCGGUGGAUCCAAAGUCAAAGGCAAGCUCGUCGAUGCGGCCAAGGCGACCGUAGGUACUCGAGGCGAAGUUGUCAUCCCCAAAGUCGUCAAGUACCUCACAACGAGUGCAGCCGCGGGUGGAGUCUUCAAAGGUGCCGAAGCCGAGCACUGGAAGGUCGAAGGCGCCAAGUCCAAGAAGAAGGUCGCCGAAGUCGACGUGACGGGCUUGGAUCUGCAAAAGGUGUUGAGGUGCGAUACGGGCAAGUCCAAGGUUGACAAGGUGAGUUAUUCUUGCCUUGCGGGGUACGCCUCAUGAGGUUUCUUUCCGGAAUCGCCUUGCUGAUCGGUCAUGUUCUGCUCUCUUUAGCAACUGGUCGCGGCCUUUGAGCACCUCCACUUCAAGAAGCAUUACAAGACGGCAACGAACCCCGUUCUUCGCAUUACGGGUGGUCCUGAACUUGAAGAACGGGGCGAAAAGCAAGUACUCGUCUUCUACCACUUUGUGCUCGAGCAAGCGAUCGACAUCGUCGUCGAGCCCGUAUCCGUCGAAGAAGUACCCCCCACAAAAUCCGAAGAGGCGCUCGUCAAGGAUGCCCGAGUCGUUCCUACGCUUGAAGAGGCUGAACAGGUCAGCAAGGACGUCCCCGUUCAUGGCAAGGGUGAGCACCCGGAGAAGGUCGAUGAGGUCGUGGAGAAGGUGAUGAGUGAACAUGGGGAUAAGGUCGAAAAGUCCAAGAGUGAGGCCGAGAAGACGGAGGAGAGAAAGGGGUGGCUCUCGUGGAGGAAGUGA